GAGAAUCCAUAUGGAACUUCAAAGGGCAAAUUGAUGGUCCAAUCAAAAAAGGCUAAAAUCACUUUUGUUUUCUAAUUUUUCCUUUUUUUUCUCUACAUUUUUCUUGUAGGUAAAAAUUCUUCUAAUCAUAGCUCCAAGGCAAAAAAUCUGCAAAAAGCAACGUUCUCCUUAUUUGCUCAGAUUUAGAGUAAUCAAAAUGUCUAAGGAAAAUACUGCUACUAAUCUAGAAAAAUUAACUGUUGAUGAAAGGGUUGAUAAGUUGGAAGCCACAAUGCAAACUAUGGCUGCCACUCUUCAAGCCAUCAGUCUCACCUUGUCAACUCUGACUAUUGGUUCUGUUUCUUCAUCUACAUCUUUAGUGCCCACAACACCUGUUCCAUCUGUCCAUAUUCCAUCAUCUACCAUCACAUCGGUUGAAGUGGGUUUGAUGAAGACGAUGCAAGCCAACCCUAUCCAACCACCUUAUCCGUAUUGGUAUGAUUCACAAACUAGAUGCGAAUACCACAAUGUGGCAGGUCAUGGUAUUGAAUAUUGUGCAACUUUGAAACAUAGAAUUCAAGAUCUCAUCAAUGAGAGUAAACCUCAAGUUGAUGCUAAUGAAGCUAAUAGUACUCCAAACAUCACUCAAAAUCCUUUACCUCUACAUGAUGCACCCACAAUGAAUAUGGUCGCCUUCAAUGUAGUUGAGAGGCCCGUGUUAAAGAAUGUCAAUUCUUGGUCUCUUGAUGAAUUGUUUGCCAUUUUGACAGACUCACCAGAUGCCUUACUUAGAGUUUUGAAAAAAGCCGAUGUGCCUAAGAACAUUAAUACCCAAAAGUUUGGAACUAUGGCUGGGGCAAUUUUGGCUCCAAAUGAUGUUAAUUUCACUGAUGAUGAGAUUCCUAUCGAAGCAAAUGGGAAUACUAAGGCUCUUGAUAUUUUUGUCCAAUGUAAGAUGAUGAACGUCCCUCAUGUGUUGAUUGACAAUGGGUUAGCUUUGAAUGUGAUCUCUUUGGCUGUCUUGAAGUAAUUGAAAGUGGAUGAGUAUCAUAUUAAUCAAUGUAAUACAGUGGUUCAUGCUUUUGAUGGAACAAAAAGGGAUAUAAUCGGAAAGACUGAGCUUCCAAUGGAAAUUGGUCCUAUGACUUUUGAUGCAGAUUUCUUUGCCAUGGAUAUUUCUCUUGCUUUUAAUAUGCUUCUUUUAAGGCCUUGGAUACAUGUUGUAGAAGCGGUACCAUCCACUGUGCAUUAGAAAGUCAAAUACAUUGUCAAUGGUGUC